AUGUAUAAAUGGCAUGUUCACUCGGCCAUUGGUCGAGGUAGACCUGCGGCCAAUGAUUUUUCAAAGGUCGUGGAUGGAAUUGCAGCUUCUUUGAGGCAGUUUUCGGUUUCUGUUUCUAGAAGUGCUGAGGAUGGUGAUGGACCACGGAUAUCACGAUCUCAAAGAUCUGCAGAUGCAUUCAAAGAGGUGUCGACUCUUGCUCCAAAACCACCUCGCGGUAUCGAUGCUCGUUCACUAGCAGCGAAAUCGUCAUUUACAAUAACUCGAUACGAUGCGGGCCCUGGAAGAGGAGGUGGAUUUGUCCCCCGAGGUGGAAAUUCUGAAGGGGUUGCUCGUGGUGGAGCUGGCAUGCGAGGACGGGGAAGGGGCGGCGCGCGAGGAAGAGGUGCAAGAGGCCGUGGACGGGGAGCACGUCGAGGAGGGGAAAAGAAGAAGAGAGGGCCACGAGAGAGGGCUGAUGAUGAUGACUUCAUAUCAGAGCCAUACUCUGAGGAAGAGCUGGCGUAUCUUGAGAUGAGCGAGGGAGGGUUCCCAACAAACUACGUGCCGGAAACGACGUCUGCGGCGAGCUUGGCUAGGUACGGUCCGGCUGUCAUGUCAAGUCCGAGAGGAAUCCACGAAUCGAUCGUAAACAGGAUGAUGGUUGCCACGGAGAAUAAUGAUCCAUCGUUUGAGCAUGCUUCAAUUCAUCUUGCACGGAUGAAUGAAGGUCUCGGAACGCUGUUUGAGGACGCCGAGCAGAGAGCUCUUACUGAGAAGUUCCAAGGCAGCAGGAAAUUUAUGUCACUCUCCGAGCAGCAAAAGGAUUCGAUAAUGAGGCAAUGGGCUGCGGGACAAUAUACAGCUCCGGGAACGCCAGUAAAGGGGAAUGUUGUUGGUUUGACAAGGCAAAUGACACGGCGGAACGAGACAUAUCUGCCAGAGGAUGCACAGAAGUUUGACAAGACGCUGAAGUCACUGCUACCGAAGCACAUGCAGGAAGCGGUUUAUGAAAAAGUCCCAGCUUCACUAUGA